AUGGAGACGGCCAAGCUGAUGGGUUGUUUCCUCAUCGUCCUCUUCUUCAUGGCUGACGCCGCCGAGGGCCUGGGAGGCAACGUCACGAGGAGAGGCCUGACUGGGAAGAAAUACAAAGGCCCAUGCAAGCCCACCAACCCCAUCGACAAGUGCUGGAGGUGCCUCAAGAACUGGCACCAGGACCGCAAGAGGCUCGCCAAAUGCGCUGCCGGCUUCGCCCGCCAAACCACCGGCGGCAAGAAGGGCGAGUUCUACGUCGUCACGGACCCCUCCGACGACGACAUGGCCAACCCCAAACCCGGUACCCUCCGCUACGCCGUCAUCCAGAAGCAGCCGCUCUGGAUCACCUUCGCCCGGAGCAUGACCAUCAAGCUUCAGCAGGAGCUCAUCAUGCAGAGCCACAAGACCAUCGAUGGCCGCGGCUUUAAGGUCCACAUUGCUGGCGGCGCCGGCAUCACCAUCCAGUUUGUGAGGAACAUUAUCAUCCACAACCUCUAUAUUCAUCACAUUGUGCCCGCCAGCGGUGGCUUGAUCAGGGACUCCGUCGACCAUAUUGGAUUCAGAGGGCCCAGCGACGGCGACGGCAUUUCCGUCUUCGGAUCCCAAAACAUUUGGCUUGAUCACCUCUCCAUGAAGAAAUGCUAUGAUGGCAUCAUCGACGUCAUUGAAGGAUCCACUAACGUCACCAUCUCAAACUGCCACUACACCGAUCAUGAUAAGGUGCUGCUAUUCGGUGCAAGAGACACCAACGUGGAAGAUGACUCCAUGCAGAUUACAGUGGUAUACAACCAUUUCGGCAAGAGGUUGAGUCAGAGAAUGCCAAGGAUCCGAUCUGGGUUUACCCAUGUCGUCAACAACGAUUACACUCAUUGGGAAAUGUACGCCAUCGGCGGCAGCCACCACGCCACCGUGCUCUGUGAGGGCAACCGCUUCAUCGCUCCCAACAAGCCCGAGUUUAAAGAGGUUACCCACCGUAACGGUCCACCGAACGAAUGGGCGAAGUGGACAUGGCUGUCAAGGGGGGAUCUGUUCAUGAGCGGCGCCUUCUUCACCGAGUCCGGCAACCGCUCCAGGGGAAAUGACCUGGCGAAGCUGGACGGAAUCGUGGCAAAGCCCGCGAAAAAGGUCCGGAGCCUGACCCGGUUCGCCGGUGCUCUCGGACAUUGCAGGGUUGGCAAGCUCUGCUAG